AUGAGGAAAGCAUGGGUACGUACACAGCCAGCGGUCUCCGUUCUCGAUUCGAGUUUUUGGGGAAAUCCCACAUGCUUCUGUCCGCGAGACCCAUCGUUACAUUUUUGUUCUACGGCUCCUACCGGCAAGUUUUGUGGUCUCUUUUCACUGCGCGAUGACACAGGGGUCGACGCCGGUUGA